UACCAAUAGGAUUCAAGAGCGAAAAAAAGGGGAAAGAAGCGAAUACAGAAUCAAUUAAGUUUGAAGGCACGACAUUGUUUUCACUUUAUAUUAGUCCUGAGAUUUCGUGUAAGAAAAAAUUUGAUAUGAAUUGACACAGUUUUCAGAGUUCUUUCGAAAUUUUGAAGUAUUUUUUGAAAACACUUUUGAUUCUUUUAUCAACUGAAAAAAGCAUGUUGAUCUUCAUGGCAGUUUCCUAACUCCCCUUGCAGCUAACCGGAGGCCGUUGACCUGAAAAGUUAACCGCCCGCCAACUCAGGAAUUUAGGUCUUCAUGGUAACAAGCCAUCUUGGUUAAAAAGUAUUACCCAAUCAAAAUUCGCCACAUUUCACAGGGUUGCUUUUGUUUCCCUGUUUGUUGAUUGUCCCCCUCCAUCUAAUUUCUUUCUUCCUUAUCACAAGUCUCUCCUUAAGCUUUUUCUUCAUCACAAAGUUUCGCAUUUGCUCUUAAAAUUUUCACCUUAGAAAAUUUUUCUUCAUGGGGAAUAUACUUCGCGUCUUGUAUGAGAGGUGUGUCGAACCGAUAACUUCAGAGGAGUCAGGAUCUCUUGGACCUCAUGGAGUUUCUGCAGCCACCAUUGGUGUCUCCGCUCUCGCCCACGAUCUGUUUAACUUUGAGAUCACCUCACAGGUUCCGGAAGGCCUUAAUCAGCAUGUUAAAUCGUCCAGGAAGGCUCAGGCUAAUUGGUAUAGAAAAAUAUCAGAAGCAUGGAGGCAAGCAAGGCCUCCACCAAACACAGCAGAGGAAGCAACUAGGCUUAUAGUAGAGACCUUGAAGGGACACCAAAAGGCAGAUGUUGAGGGCUUGCUGGCUUUUUAUGGUUUGCCUCUUCCUCAUACAAUUGUUCAAAUUUCUGCUGGUGUCCCAACAUCAUUGCCUGAGGGAGUGCUGUUUGAAAUGCAGACGCUUCCAGUAGAUGCAAGAGCAGUGGCAGAUGGCGAUACAAUUACAGUGUAUGUAAGUACUGAUAGCCCAAGGGAGUCUGCUUGUGUUCCCAGAGAUGUACAAGAGGCAGCUGUGCAAAGAACACAAGCAAGAGCAGAGAGGAAUUAUAAAGAAGCAGAUGCACUUCACAAAAAAAUUAUUAAUGCUGGAUAUAGGGUAAUAAAUCUUCCAAACAAUGAGGAGGUUCUUGCUCGAAAAUAUCGCAUUCGAUUAAGAGGUAUCGAUGCACCCGAGGGUGAGAUGCCAUAUGGGGAAGAAUCAAAACAAGAACUGCUUAAGCUUGUUCAAGGUAAGAGCUUGAGAAUCCUAGUCUAUGGAGAGGAUCAAUAUGGUCGCAGCGUUGGAGAUAUAUACAGCAAUGGCAUAUUUGUACAGGAAGUAAUGCUGAAGAAAGGCGGUGCAUGGCAUUACAAUGCAUAUGACCAACGCUUAGAGCUCUCAACAUGGGAAAGGGAGGCUAGAGCCAAGCGAGUUGGUUUAUGGGCAGCACCGAACCCUGAGAAGCCAUGGGAGUGGAGGAAGGACAGACGCGAAGGCAGAUGAACAACUAACAACUGUGAAUUGUUGGUAUCUGACUCCAGAUACCAUAUUGCCCAGGCACAACCAGACCAGAGUCAAUAUUCACAAUCAGGGCCUCGAAUUGUUGGCAAAGAAGAGAAACACAACGACAUUGCAAGAUAACUGCGAUUUUAAGUACUAUCUUAUUCAGAUUUUAUGUGGUUUGUGUAGUUUGGCUUUUACCGUUGAUUGUUGCAGAAUAUUUGAUAAUUGCUUUCUGUUGGUUCCGUGUUGUACCAGCUGAUUGUGAUUAAAUUAUACCAGCUUAGACACUUUUCCAGAUAA